AUGGCUACCCCUAGUGUCCUCGCUUUUGACGCUGAGGGUCGAGCCAUUGACUUUGAGGUCUGGGUCGACGACCUGCAGCUGUUCUUACAGUGCGAUAGGGCGGACGGUCUUUCCCUCUUUGACCUCACCUCUGGCGCCUCUCCUGCCCCUGCUGCUGAUGCUGACCCCACUGUUCGCUCUCAGUGGGCCACCCGCGAUGCUGCUGCACGUCUUGCUGUGCGUCGCCACCUGCCUACCACUGAGCGCGCGCACUUUAGUCAGUACAAGAGUGCUCAGACCUUGUACGACGCUGUAGUUGCGCGCUACUCUUCCCCUGCCACUGCUGCCCUGAGCCGCCUCAUGCUACCGUACCUCUUUCCUGACCUUGCUGCCUUUCCCACUGUCGCUGACCUCAUUACGCACCUCCGCACUAGUGACACUCGCUACCGCGCCGCCCUUCCUGCUGAGUUCUGCGCCAAGAACCCCCCCCCCAUGUACAUCACUCUCUAUUACAUAGUCACACGCCUCCCUGACUCCCUUCGCGUAGUCAGGGACCACUUCCUCUCAGUCUGUCCCACCACUCUCACUGUCGACCUCCUCGAGAAGUCCCUCCUGGCGGCGGAGAAGAGCAUCGUCGCUGUAGGAGCCUCUCGUGGUGACCCUCGCACCCCCAUCUUUGAGGGGUGUUCUCCUUCCCCCCUGCUGCCCUCUGUUGCCUCUGCUGCUGCUGCCGACCUGCUUGGUCUUGAGUCGGUCUGCGCGGCGUCUGCCCCUAGCGGGAGACGCCGCCCUGGCAGGGGCAAGGGGGGCAAGGGCGCGGGUGGAACUGGCGGGGGCGGUGGAGGUGGCGGUGGAGGCGGCGGAGGGAGUGGGGGUGGCGGUGGGAGUGGUGGCGGGGGCGGUGGUGGCGGUGGCAGCAGCGGAGGAGGAGGCGGUGGUGGCGGCAGCGGUGGGAGCGGAGGCAGCGGUGGUGGUGGAGGUGGAGGCGGCGGUGGCGGAGGGGGUGGAGCUGGUCGGGGUGGUGCCCCGCAGCGUAGCGGCUCUGGUGGUGGCCAGCGUCAGCAGCAGCAGCAGCAGCAGCGUUCGCGGGACAUCCCCCCGCCCCAGCAGCUCCGUGAGUGGUACACGCAGCGUCAGCGGGGUGGGGGUUUUGGUCCGUGCACCUACGUCCUUCGUUCCGGCGACCGCGCGGGUGAGCAGUGUGGGGGUGCCCACCCCACCCAGCGCUGCUUUGGCCGCCUGACGGACGCGUGGCGUCAGCAGUUCCCCGAGGCUAGUGAGAUUCCCCGUUGGGGAGAGCUGUCUAGCGCUGGCGUAGCUAUCUUUGAUCUUGACUUUGAUGCUAUCCUUGCUGCCAUGUAUGCUGUGACUAUUAGUGAGGAGGGUGACUGUUACCGGUGUUUCCCGCCCGACCCGGGCAUUGGUACUGCUGCGCUAGGUACUUCUGCGGCUGCUGCUCUAGGUGCCAGUGCGUCUGCACUCUCAGGUACUGGUGAGGCUGCGCUCUCAGGUACUGCGUCGGCUUCGGCCUCCCUCACCUUCACGCUUGACUCAGGGGCUUCUCGCUCCUUCUUUCGAGACCGCACCACACUCACGCCGCUUGGCCGGCCGGUUGCAGUCUCCCUGGCUGACCCCUCUGGGGGUCCUGUCCUCUCUCACUUCUCCACUGUCCUCCCGUGUCCGGCUGCCCCCUCGGGCACCUUUUUACUCCUGCGAGUCAGCGGGUGA